GCACCCCUUACAACCCCGAGUGAGUGUGUGAUCGCUUGCUUUCAUGCGUGAGUGUGAAAAUUGCUUUCCUUCAAGUGACUUCAGAUGAGAAUCUCAAGCGAGAAAAAAAGCAAUAUUUGAUAUGGCAUAGGACAGACAAAAAAUAGAUUGUGCAAUCAAAACCAGUGCGUACUUCCUUGCGGUAGGCGGGGCAUGAGGAGUAUAUGCGGAAUUGUGCUCCAGGUGUGCGUCUUGUCCCAGGACCAGCGUCUUGUCCCAGGACCACACAGAAGGUUCACAUGGAGUUUCUGAAAUUGUUCCAUACAUCAACACGUGCACAGAACAGAACUGGACCGCAUGUAGCCUAAUGCCACAGACAACAUCAAAGACAGCCAGUGUUGUGUCUGGGAAUCAAUACUUUAGUCCUCUGGAGACACGGCAUUAUACGCACUCAGUCUCUCUCUCUCUCUCUCUCCAGCUCCUGCUGAUCACCAGAAUGUUCAGGAGGAGAUGUUCUCGUGGUUGUAGGUAACAGGCAGUAGCAGUGGAGAUGGUCCCCUGGGCCAACUUCCUGGUGACAUGCAUAUGGAUACAGACCCUCAAAGCCUCAGGACUGGACACCUGUCCCAGGACCCCUCGCAAGGAGGUGGAUUUCACCUUUAACUACUCAAUACCCCACUUCCAGACAGGCAAACCCAUCCAGAACAUAGUGGUCAACCUGUACAUGCCUGAGGUUUAUGUGGCUUCUCAGAAUGUGAUUGAGGCAGUGAGUGGAGAGCUCAGUAAGUUAUGGGAGCUGAGGACAGGCCCAGUGGGCAGCCCGGAGUGUCAGACCUGUGGCCUGUGUGACAUCGAGGCCGAUCUUGAGGACUCAGUAGACACGGAUAAUGAGGUCCUGCUCUUGGACCCAUCACCUUAUCUUAACUCUCUGUACUCCUGUGGGAGCUCUCAGCAUGGGAUCUGUCAUUUACAUGAACUUAGCUCUAAUGAUACCCCACCUAAAUCUGAAUGUCUCUUCAGGAAGGAUGCUAACUCGCCGUCCCUUUGCCCUGACUGCCUGGCCAGCCCCCUGGGCACUGAGGUCAUCAUCGUGGAGCAAGGCUACACAGCCUACUUCUUUGUAGCGGCUACACUCAAUGAGCGUGUGGCGCAGAGGUACGGCAGACCGUCCUUAUCGGUGCGCCGGCCACUGUCGACCCUGGAUGGCUUUGAGAUGGUCAUGCAGGGUCUGACUGUGCUCCCUAAACUACAGAACUCCUACCAGAUCGACUACAUCUACAGCUUCUCCACACAGGACUAUGUCUACUUCCUGUCCGUCCAGAGGGAGAACUUCCUGGACUCAUAUCAGACUCGGUUAGGCCGUCUCCCGGUGAAGGACACGGAAGUGUGGCUGUACCGUGAGGUGGUGCUGGAGUGUCGCUUUGAGCCCAAACGCAGGCGGAGGAGGAGGGGGGAGAACAAUAUUUUCCAGGAUGUGGUGUAUAACGGGCUGCAGGCGGCCCACUUCAGCCGGGCAGGGAAGGAGCUGGCAGAGGAGCUGGGGGUGGGGGAGAAGGAUGACAUCCUCUAUGGAGUGUUUGCAGUGACAGAUGGCUCUGGGAGGCCCUACAGUAACUCAGCCAUGUGUGCCUUCCCCAUGCCCGACGUGAACAGGGCCAUCGACUGGGGAGCGGAGGACUGCUGCAGGUCCAGCACAGAGCAGCUCUCCAGGGGGCUCUGCCACUUCCAGCUCUGUGAGAGCUGCCCUCAUGAGAGCUCCGACAACAACGCUACAUGCAUGGCCAAGUCCACCCUGGUGUCUAAGCCAUACUACAGGUUGGACCUCUUCAACAGGUACAUGAACAACAUCCUGCUCACCUCAGUACUGGUCACCAUCAUCGGGAACAACACUGUGGCACACAUUGGCACCAAGGACGGCAGGCUGUUGCAGCUCAUCCUGAGGAGGUCAAAUCCCAUCAUCUUUGCCAACUAUUCUCUGGGAGAGGACAAUGAGGUGUCCAGGAAAGCUGCUGUGCAAUCUAACGAGUCCUUGCUCUUUGUGGUUGGAAAUAAGAUGUUCAGUGUGUCUCCUAAAGGACCAGGAUGUAAACACUUCCUGACCUGCUCCACGUGUCUGAUGGCGCCCAGGUUCAUAGGGUGUGGCUGGUGUUCGGGGGUGUGCUCCAGGCAGGAGGAAUGCCUCAUAGAGUGGACGAGUGAGUCCUGUCCUCCCGUCAUCACAAAGUUUUUCCCAAAGACGGCUCCCCCUGAUGGUGAGACAGAGCUAAGGCUGUGUGGCUGGGAGUUCCAGUCUCCUCUACGACCAGCCAUCAUCAGCGAGGAGACCCACCUGGUGCGAGUGGGAGCGACUCCCUGCACUGUGCUGUCAGAGAAGAGCAAUAGUACACAGCUGGUGUGUAGCAUUCACCCUAAGGUUCUGGGUCCAUCCCAGGAUCUCAACAUCACCGUGGCAGUGCAUGAGGGGAAGGUGGAGGGACGCUACUCAGUUGAAGGCCAGGCCCAGAUGAUAGGGUUCACUUUUGUGGAGCCAAGUAUCACAGAAAUCACUCCUGACUAUGGGCCUCAAAUAGGGGGAACCUUGGUCACAGUGACAGGGCCUCACUUGAACGCAGGGAUGAUAAAGACUGUGUCUAUAGGAGACCAGGAAUGCCCCAUCAAGAGUGUCACUGAGGGUACUGGGACCAUGUCCUCCAUAGUCUGCCUGUCCAAAGGGUUGGCAGUGGUGAAGAAGGUGCCUGUCAGGGUUUUCAUUGACAAAUCCCAAGUGGCUACUACCAAGAUGUUUCACUACAAGAAGAACCCUGUGAUCACUGUGAUACAGCCAGUCUGCAGCUUUAGAAGUGGAUCCAAAAUCAUCAUCAAAGGCAGUAAUCUGGACUCUGCGUACAACACUGUGAUCCGCUACAAAUCCCACAACCCCUCACAGAAGCUUCUGCAGCGUGUCUGCAACGGCACAGCAACCCCCACACAUAUGGAGUGCUUCGCCCCUGUUUUCCCCAGGAAUGAGACCGACAAUGGCAUCAUCACUAUCAAUAUGGACGGGGCCAACAAACUUGUGAUGAAGCGCUUCGAAUACCAACCAGACGCCAGCAUCACCCCCUUUGAGUACGAAGGCAACGUACUGAGCCUGAGCCCUGGCCAGACUGAGGUUUCCCUGCAUCACAACAAGCUGAGCAUGGUGAGUCCCUGUAUGGAGAUUACAAUGAGCAUUGGAGGCGUGGACUGUGGUGUCCAGGUACUGGACAACGAACUGACCUGCAGGAUCCCCAAGAAUCUCAUCAUCCCCAGUGAAGGGUCACCUGUCAGGGUGUCUGUGAAUGGGCAUGCCUAUGAGGUGGGCACUGUGGUCUUCUUCAGCAACACUGUCAACACAGUGGGUGUGGUGAUGGGGAUCUUUGCUGCAUUGUGCGUUGGCGCUGCCCUGGCUUUCAUCGCCAUGAAACAUGUGAGGAGGAAAAAGAAAGAAAUUUCAGCCAAUGUAGAGACUCGUUUAGCUAGGAUGUCCGUCCGCAGAAGAAUAAGCAGCAACCCUGACCUAUCCCCCACAGGUGACUAUAGACGAGACCUGUCCUCCCAGCCGAGCCAAACGACAGGCUCAGGAGGGAUAAUGUUCCAUGGCCUGGUCUACACUGCCACCUUUGACCCCUUGGCCGUGCCUCUGAUCUCAGUGGACACCCUGAAACCUGAGCUCCUGGAGGAGGUCAGAGACGUCCUGAUCCCAGCCGACACUGUCAACAUUCACCGCAACCAGAUCAUUGGCAAAGGUAAUUUUGGGACUGUGUACCAUGGCUACCUAACAGACAACAAGAACCAAGAACAGUUAAUCCACUGUGCCGUUAAAGCAUUGAACAGGAUCACGGCCCUGGAGGAGGUGGAGCAGUUCCUGAGAGAGGGCAUCCUGAUGAAGGAGUUCCACCACAACAACGUUCUGUCCCUGCUGGGCAUUCUUCUGCCUCAGGAGGGGCUCCCCCUGGUGGUGCUGCCCUAUAUGAAAUAUGGAGACCUGCGCCACUUUAUACGCUGUGAAAGGAGGAACCCAACAGUGAAAGACCUGAUUGGCUUUGGGCUGCAAGUUGCCAAAGGGAUGGAGUACCUGGCCCAGAAGAAGUUUGUACACAGAGACCUGGCAGCUAGGAAUUGCAUGCUUGAUGAAACGUUCACGGUGAAGGUGGCAGACUUCGGCAUGGCCAGAGAUGUGUUUGACAAGGAGUACUACAGCAUCCGGAACCACAAGAAGGCCAAGCUGCCAGUCAAGUGGAUGGCCAUAGAGAGUCUGCAGACACAGAAGUUCACCACUAAGUCAGAUGUGUGGUCAUUUGGGGUCCUGAUGUGGGAGCUGUUGACCAGAGGAGCUAGUCCCUAUCCUGAAGUGGACCCCUAUGACAUCACUGAAUUCCUGUUGAAGGGGCGCAGGCUUCCCCAGCCACAGUUCUGCCCUGAUGCCCUGUACUCAAUCAUGCUGGAGUGCUGGAACCCGGAACCGGAGCUCAGGCCUGAUUUCCACACGCUGGACCAGGAGGUUCUGGAGAUCUGGUCCUGCCUGGAGGGAGAGCACUACAUCAGCCUUAAGGUAACCUACGUCAACCUGGACCAGCCACGGCCCUACCCCGCCCCGACCGCCUCCGCUGACGAGGCUGAAGCCUCUUCUGGAUCAGAGUCAGACAGCGUUAUGUCCAACUGACUGGACCAGACAGACCAGACCAGAACUGACCAGACCAGGACAGGGACAGUAGAGAGAGGUCAGAGGGCACGGAUGAAAGGCUUCUCCUUUUCCUAUCCACGCAGUAUGCAGAAAGAAUCUUGCAGUUCUGUUACUUGAGACUGGAUUGGGAAGGAAUAGAACAUUGACUAUUGACUAAAUUUGUCCAAUUGUGUGAGCAAUGACACUGAAUUUCAAUGGAGAUUCCCCCACCUUGUGAGUACACAAAUUAUGACUAUCAUAUUUUUGGGUACUUUUAAUGUUUUUUUAAAGGUAGGUUUUCAGUUGUAGAAAUUGCAUUUAUGGGACACCAAGUGAACCCUCUCCAUGUCUGAAGCACAGCUGUAAAUAUGAACAAAUGAAUGUAAAUGUCUGAAAUGUGGAUAUGCUAUGCUAAUUAAUGACUAUGAUUUCAGCUUGACAUUAAUAUGUUUAAUAGGAUGGAUAUAAUAUGUCAGAUUUUGCUAACUUUUUUGCUGUGGCUGCGUUUACAAACUGAUAUUUUUGUCACUAUUGGUCUUUUCACCGACCAGAAUUGUGCUGCAUGUGUAAACACAGUAUUCGAGAUGGUCAUUGAUUUAUGGUAUGAAAUAUGUCCACUGACCAAACUGGUCAACUUUUCUGCAUUUACACAGGCACCCCAAUUCUAAUAUUUUUUUCACUAACUAAUUGGUCUUUUGGCCAAACAGAUCUGAAAAAGAUCUGAUGUGAAAAGAUCUUAUGUGAUUGUCCAAAAAACGAAUUAGCAGCGGGAAAAAUCUGAAUUGGGCUGCCUGUCAACUCAGCCCUUGAGAUUCACAAGGACACACUUUUGAGAGGAUAGUUCAGUUUGCCAUCCUUGUGAAUAGGUAAGCUUUAAAUGCCCUUCCUCUUCAGAGAAAAUCAUAAUAGGAAUACUAAUUGAUACUCAGGGAGUCAACAUAUACAUUUGUCUGGUUUGAGAAAUAAACCUGUCUUUUAUUAAAGGGAAAGUCUGGGAUGCUGCAUCCAUUUUUUAACUUCUAAAUGAAUGAUACUGUAAAUACCCAUUGAUUCUUAAAAAAUACAACUUAGAACUGCCCGUGAGCUUAGUUCAACUGUCACACCCCAUCAGAAGCAUACAUAUAAGCUUGUUUUACUCCAUUGUUUGUAAACAAACACUGUAUAGCCUCAAAACAUGGUUAAAACUAUACUUUUGAUAUCAUGGAUGGUCAGUCCUUCUAUUCAUAGCUUUGUUAGUGGUUAAAAUUCUCCAGCCCCAUCCCUCAGCUGUUUACCAAAACAAGUAGGGGGUGGCUGCUUUGAUGUUGUUUGAACUGCGGAUUGCCCAUUUAACUCUGAGCUGAAGUAUGCCCCUACUACUUGUUAGUCUUUGAAUCCAUCACUAGAGGUCAGUAAAAACCUUUGUCAUGAGUACUUUUGCUGCAGUAUUCUGCACAUCAUCAGACCAACCAAGGUACACACCAGACCUUUGUUACAACGAUCUAUGUUUCACACUACAAUGCUUAAAGGAGAUAAGAGGGAUGUUUACUUUGCGUAAGGAAAUGGUUAUGAUUGGCACUGGCAGACUGUAGUCUAUACUGAAAUCUCAGGACACCCUAUAGCCUUAGUUCUCUUGUUUAUUUCAGUCACUAGAUGUGUAAUCACCUCCAACUGUGUUUAUCUUGUGGAUUGUUUUAGUGACAUCAAUCAGAAAACACAAGUCUACGUUUGUAUCAACAUGAAGAAAGUAAAACAUUAGAUUUAACACAGCCAA